AUGUUUCCUAUACUCAAGCGACUCCCUUACUUUUUCAAAACAUGGGAGCACAAAAGCGAGCGCAAAGUUGAAUGGCAAUGGGCGUUUCUGAACGAUUUGUUGAUGCGUACAGAGAAACAAAUGAAUGCUGGAACGCCAAAUAUUGGACUGAUCAGGGCUCUGAUCGAGCAGCGACAAGGCAUGAGUGAAGCGGAGAAGGACCAAAAGUUUUUGGAUGAAAAGUCUAUCGCAUAUCAAGCUCAGACGUUGAUGGAAGCCGGAUCAGAUACAACUGCAAUCACGGCAAUGAACUUCUUGUUGGCCAUGGUAUUGCACCCCGAUAUCAUGCGCAAAGGCCAAGAGAGUGUCGAUGCUGUUGUUCCAGCCUCUCGUCUACCGGAAUUCGAGGAUUUGGAAUCUAUGCCAUACAUCAAUCAGAUUGUCAAGGAAGUCAUGCGCUGGCGCCCCGUACUUCCACUGGGUGUUCCUCACCUGAACACUACAGACGAUGAUUAUGAUGGAUACCACAUUCCUGCUAAUAGUAUGAUCGUUGGCAAUAUGUGGUUUAUGCAACAUGAUUCUGCCCACUACACGAAUCCCUCGGAAUUCAGUCCUGAAAGAUUCGAAGAGAGCAAAGGAAAGUCAGCAUUUGAGUCAAGUAUCGAAGCUGACGCGAUGGGCCGUGAUCAUUAUGUCUUCGGAUGGGGCCGUCGGAUCUGCCCUGGCAUGCAUUUAGCAGAAGCAAGUAUGCUAUUGCUCGUGUCCAGAAUACUUUGGGGUUUUGACCUCAGCACUGCUAAGGACAAAGAUGGCAGAGAUAUCAAGGUGACGGCUGAUCCUGAGAAGGCAUACACGCAUUCUGCUUUCGCAAACCCCAAGGCUUUUCCUAUGAGUCUCAGCCUGCGGUGCAAGGAAAGGGGUGAGGUUAUAAGGAAGUCGUAUCAGGAUGCUUUAAAGACGUGGUCAGAAAUGAAAUUAGAUUUAUUUCGAGAGGCUUAA